CGAGCUGAGAACUUUACUCAGUCGGAUUGCCCACCCAGCCCCUCCACCAAAGCCGAUGUGAUAAGACGACAACAAGAUCGAUCCACAUAACGUGGCUGGGCUAAGCCGCAGCUGAAAGCUUACGCUGUAUUCCCCAAAUGCUUCUAUAAAUUGAGCUUCAGGCGAGGUUUCUGCUUCCGGUUUGUUGCCAGCAUCCCAGCACAUCCAUCAACCCCAAGACCAAGACCAAACUUAGGAUCUAUAUCAAUCAAGACCAUAUUCGAAGCCUAAGACUGCCACAAAAUGCCUCUCAGAGUCCUUGAAGAUCCCGGCGAAGUAAUCGAGGCGAUCAACGAAACCCCGAAGCCAGUCGUUGUACAUUACUGGGCGCCCUGGAUGGGGCCCGAAACGCCUUUCCUUCCAGUCUUCUUGGGGGCGGAUGAGAACCGGGGAGAUGAGAUUGACUUGGUCAUUGUGAACAGUGGCUUCAUUCUCCCGCCGCAUUCCCCCGACGAGAUGCCCUUGACGGUUCUUUAUAGGGGCGGGGAGGAGGUGGAGACUGCACCCUUUGAUCCCGACCAAAUCCAGCAACUUAUUGAUAAUGCGUGAGGGAUAGGGACUGGAAGGGUCUUGUUGUGCGUGAAUAGAAUCUUAAGGAAAUUGCAUUUCAUUUUAAAAACACAUUCAAGGAAUAC